AAAAAAACAAAUAUAGAAAUAACGAAAAAUAAUAUUACAAUCAUUUAUCAUGACUAAUUUAUUUCUUAUUAAUUGGAAUUUACUUUUAAUUAUCCUCGUAAUAGAAAUAAAAUAUUUACAUUGUAUUCUACCUCCUUCUUAUGUGGUGGAUUUAAGGGACAAGGAAAUAUUUGAAAUUUCCUCAGACGACAAUUACGAUGAGAAUGAAAAUGAAAUGCUUAAAAUAGAAGAUUUAGAUGAAAUUAAAUCGUUCGCGGAUGAUGAAGAAAAAUAUCAACCACUACAUUAUCAUGUGAAAAAUGAAAAUCGUCAAUUUGAUGCUUUGAAAAAAAUUGUAAAAUUUUCCCGAAAUUCUCAUUUUCAUCCAAUUAUUGUCGAACGAAAUAUUAUUAACGAUGAGGCAAAACCAUUUAUUGCUGGUUUUAAAGAAACACUAGACAAGAUAAAAUACAAAGCACCGGAAAUUCUUUUGAAAAAGAAAAAACAAUUAUCAUUGAAAAAUGCAAUUUUUGGAGGGAGAAAAAAAUUUUUAUCAACUCGUAAAAAUAAUAAUGAAGGAUUUUUUUCAAGGUUCAAAUGAAAAUUUAACUACAAGAGAGGAAUAUUUUUUCACUACUCAAGAAAUUAACACUGAUUAUUAUCAGAGAAAUCAUGAAUUUACAAAAAAAACAAUGACAAUGUCAUCUGAAGAAUUUCCAAAUGAUUAUGAUUAUGAGAAAUUGAAAAAUGAAUAUUUACAACAAAUCGACGAAAUGAAGAGGAAAAAUGAAAUUUUUAUUUACACGGAAAGUGAAAAUUUCGAGGAAAUAAUAACAACAACAACAACAACAAUAAUUGUUGUAAAUAAUAAAAGUUUGGAAAUAAAUAAAAAUUUAAAUGUCACUAUGAAAAAUAAUCAAAUUUUCAAAGAAGCAAAUAAUAAAAGUUUAAAUGAAAAUAAUGGGAAAAAUAUAAAAAUCAAAAAAUUGUUAAAUUGCACAAAAAUUGAAUCAUUUUUCAUUGGACCAAAAACAAUUGAAUGUUUAUCGAAUGCUUAUAAAAAUAUAAAAAGCUUAUUGGAUUUAUUAAAAGCUCUUCAAAGAACUUGGAAUGUUACGAAAUUUUGGAUUCUUCUCUAUAUUUCCAUUUCUAUUGCUUGUUGGUGUCAAAGAGGUUGGUGUUGUUGUUGUUGUUGCUGUUGUGAAUUUUGUUAUCCCGAAGAAGUGAUUUUGAAUGAAAAGAAAUAUUUUGCCGAAAAUCCACCGGGAAUUUUAGUGAAAAAAGAAAAAGACGGUAAACUUUUAAAAAUCGAUACCGAAAAAUAUGAAGCAACACUUUUUGAAAUUGACGCUUAUGGACAAAUGGAAAGUCAAAUAAGAAAUCUUUAAUAAUCUUCCAUUUUUUUUUGUUCCUUUCAAUUAAUAAAAAUAAAUAAAUAAUUAAAUAAAUACAAAAAAAAACAAUUUAAAAUUUUCCAAUAA